UAAUCAAAAAAAAAAAAAAAAAAAACUGGAAGCGCAUAAUGAAUGAAGUGCAUUGAAAUGAACUCUGGGAGCUCAAAAAUAAGGCUCAUAUCUCAGAGCCCACUGUUAGUAUAGACAUUUCAUAAAAUAAAUAGUUAGAAAACGGAAUCUAUAGACAUUCGGAAGCUGAACACAAAUUGUGGUGUUCUAUGUUGGCUUAUUGAGAAUGCUGUCCACAAUAACAGGAGGCGCCAGCCAAUCAACAUCAGCAGCAACAACAAACACUGAUGAAGCGACAAAAAACCUUGUUCAGAUUGAAGCUUUAAAAGCUGUCAAAGUAAAAGCCGAGCCUUAUUCAACAAUAUCGCCAGAGAACGCAAAUAAUCAAACGAAUCAAACCAUGUCAGAUGAGGCGGAUACAUCUACCAAAAAUAAUUGCAGCACAAAUAAUAACAGCAGCAGCAACAAUAAUAAUAAUAAUAAUAAUAAGGAUUGA